AUGUCAAAGAAAUAUUUUAUCAAUAAUUUAGAUAGUCCAUUAGGCUAAGAGUUCUACUCUUAAUUAGUAAAGGAAGAUACUGACGAAGGAGUCCAUAUGGCAACUUAUACUAUUGAUGACCCAAAUAAGAUGCCUCCAAAAGGGUUUAAGAAAAUAUUGAAACGAUACAAACCCAAGUUGUCUCGAAAAAAGAUGCUUGAAGAAUGCGAUGUUUAUGUAUAUGAUGUAGCCUCUGCAACCCAAUAAGAUUUAGAUUAUGUUUGUGAUAUCUUUAAGAACAGCAAAACAACGCUAGAAGAACAGAAGGUGCUUAUUCUAGUUUCCACAGUUUUAACCUGGAGUGCUAUGCCAGAUAAGGUAAAACCAAAAGUGGAGAAAAAAGCAGAUGAAGAAUAAGAGGGAGAACAAUAGGAGUAGCAAGAAUAAUAAUAAAAGAAGGAGGAAGCAGAAGAAAAUCAAGAGCCAAAAGAAGAUGAAAAUUAAGAAUAAGAAUAAGAAUAAUAAUAGGUUUAGUAAUAACCAAUUAAUGAAGUUCCUGAGGUUAUAGAAUAUGUGCCUUGGGAAGAAAGUGAUUAUAAGUUGAGAAGUGCUUCAUCCUAAUAUUAACAAUUAAAAGAAUGGGAGGAUAUGGUAUUAAGUCUAUAGAAGGACAACUUAAAAGUAAUAGUUGUUUGUGCAGGAUUAAUAUAUGGCAAAGGAGAAAUACUAUUUCAAAAAUAUUUUAAAAAAGCAUGGUUAUAAUAGCCAUACAAAUUAAGUUAUUAGCCAGAUGGAAAUAAUAAGGUUCCCACAGUUCAUAUAACUGAUCUAGUGAAAAUGAUUGUUAAGGUUUCUGAAUCUAUUCCAGAAUCAAAUUACAUUUUUGCAGUUGAUAAUACUAAAGAUAGAUCACAAAAAGCUAUAAUACAAGGUAUUGCAACUGGAGUUGGAAGUGGUUGGAUUGAAGAAAAUGAUGACUUUUUUAAGGAUUUCACUCCAGAAGAAAUGGAUUGCUUUAGAUUACAUUUGGAUUGCAAACCAUCCCAAAUGUUCAUUGGAAAUGAAGAAACUCCAUCUGAUUUUGAAUGGCAUUGUGAAAAAGGAAUAGCUGUCAAUGCUAAGAAAAUAUUAUAAGAAUUCACAUCAAUACAUAAAUUAAGACCAAUCAAAAUCAUUAUGGAAUCUAAAGCUGAAAAUAUGAGAUUUUAAGAUAUUUUGAAUAUGAUUGGCGAUCAUUAUAGAAUUCCAGUGAUCAAUUAAGAAUAAAUAUUUAAGGAUGCUUAGGAUCCAAAUUAUGUGUUCCCACCAGAAAUGCAGGAAGAUUUUGAUGAAUUAUGGCCUGCAAUUCAAGAAUAUAUUAAUAGCUAAACUCCUGCAUAAUUGUCAGAAUAAUUAAAGAUUUAUUAUAAAGUAAUCAAGUGGAGAUUGAGUUAAAAUGAUUGUUAAAACAGAGGGUUUAUUUUAUAGAAUUUUCCAAAUUACUUUGAAGAGGCUGAUUUUAUCUUCUAUCCCAAUAAAUAGAAACUUAAAAUGAAGAAAAAACCAAAAAAGAAACCAGUUGUUUCUGAAGAAGCAAAACAGCAAUCUCAGGAACCUGCUGUUGAUGAGAAUGGAGAUCCAAUCGAAUAAGAACAGGCAGAGGAGCAAUAAUUAGAUGAGUAAUAAUAAGAGGAACCAUAAGAAGAAGAAUAAUAGGAGGAAGAGUAAUAAGAGGAGGAAUAAGAGGGUGGUCCAAAACCAGAAGAUUUUUUCCCAGAAUCCUAUAUAGUAAUCAAACCAUUAGGCAAAACUGAUCAAUUUGAUUAUAACAGAAAAUUGAUUAAUUUCUUUAGUGAAAGAAAUUUAGAUGCCUAUUUCAUUGAUCCAAGAAAGAAAACAAAUCAUGACACUUUUGAAGAUUUGAGAAUAUAUAUUGAAAGAAAUGGAAGACCUUAUAAUUAUUUAUAAAAUGAAUAAGAAUUAAUAAUUCAAUAUUUCAAUUUACAGAGAAUUAAAGAUUUAACCAUCAAAUAUACUAGAAAAUAAGCUAUACAAAUUUGGAAAGAAAUUACAAAAGUGAAAAAGGAUAACAGAUAAGGUUUGGUUACGAAGUACACUAAAUACAUAUAAGAACAAGAAUAAGAAUUAUAAUAAGUUAAACAAUUUCCUUUUAGAAACUAUUUAAUGGAUUUUGUAGUACCAGUAUUGAAUGAAGGAUUGGUGGAAGUGGCACAUAUUCUACCAGAUGAUCCAGUUGAAUUUUUGGCAGAAUAUUUGUAUAAAAGGAGUUUUAAUGUUGACAAUGAAUGA